AUGGCUUGCCACUGGACGAUUGCAGUCCUCUUCCUGGCCUGGUGCCUCCCUUUGGUCUCGGGCAGCGACACUGUGCUUCAGCGUAGAGCUCACACUCCUGCACCAAGCACAAAUCCUCCUGUGCACACGCCCACGUCAGCGUGUGCUGGACGCUUCAAUGGCGAGAAGCCCACUCAGAGGAAACCAAGGAUCGGACGAGCCCACUACCGAAAAAAACCGGUCAACAAACAAAGCUCUUCCGCUCUCCCUCAAACCACCGAGAGCCCAGGCACGGGACGGUCUCAAGGGCAAGAGGGACCCGCUGACAUGCAAGAGCCGCCUCUAAACCUUCUCCAAUGCACGGAAACCUCAAGCAAAGGGCAAGCCUGCCGCCGAACGAGACCACCUGAGGUGCGAGUCCCUUCUUCUCGUGCUGCAAGCACAGGCAACGUCGACCCCCUGACGCAGUGCAGGGGCACAGUGGGCCACAGCCUCGCCUCGCCCUCGUAUGGCCGGGAUAUCCUCGAUUUGAACAAGCGUCCUCCUCCCGCGAGCUCUUCUUCGAGCACAGAGACCGAGCCUUCUCCCAGAGACUUCGCGCCGCGUCCAAGGUUUGGAGACGAGGAGGUGCACUCUGACUAUUGGAGCUCGACAGAGGAGCAGUCGGCGCCGGCCGCGAUCCGGGACCCAGUAACGUGGGAGAAGAAAAAAGCAAAGCAGACCGAGCUUGACCGAGGGGCCGCGUCGUGCAGCAGCCGCAAGAAGACGAAGACGUCAUAA